AUGAACUGCAAAUAUAAAAUGAGCAAAUUGUCGACGCUGGCUUAUUUCCAAGUCUAUAACUAUGUCCCUCUACGUUUUUUGUACUCGCUUCUCUUUGUCAAUAAGAAGAAUAGAAAUCUUAUUUCAAUGUUGACUGAAACAAUUUGCGAGGAGAGUUAUUUACCACACAUCGCCCACACACCAUUUCUGAACACAUUAACGAUACAAACCAAAAACCCUUCUUUGGGCGUGAAAGACCUUUCAGUGGUCAAAACGUUAUCAAAACUCCAAAGAAUUUCCAUCGACGCAGAUAUCACAGUCGACCAAUUGACACAGAUUUUGGCACCAAAGUUGACUUCACUUUCGGUGUCGUUUUGUGAGAGUGGGGAGGAGGCGAACACUAAGUUCAUUGACACAAUAUCCGGACAGACUACACUUCAGCAAUUAUCUAUUGCAAAGGAUUUUUCAAAACACAACAGAUUUUCGCUUACAAAGGAAGUUGCGAGUUUGUCGAAUCUCCAAAACCUGACUUCACUGAAGGUUUUCUGCUUUUGUAGCAGCUUCACAACAAUUACAACCCUCGUCGCGCUCAACGUCUUUGUUGCAGACUCCACGUACUUCAACCAGCAUAUUGGCGAGUUUUUGGCGUGUCGCCGGCUCCGGAGUUUGACUUUACGAAAUUACUUCACUCGGUUUUCACAGAUUGAGAACGUGACAAAGCUGACCCAUUUGACUUCGAUGGACAUUACUGAAAGCGAGGUUGGCAGUGAUCCCCUUAUCUCGUCUCUCACAACGAUGUCCAACUUAAAAUGUUUGCACGCCACGCUCACUGCAGAUGCUCAAGACCUGCCGUCAUUUUCGCAGACGCCAGAUUACUUCCAUUUCUUAGGCGACGUGUUUGUUGAACGAGGUUUGGACACAACCAUGCAUAUUCCUCAAGGUUUGCGGUUAAAAGCUUUAAACAUAUGCAACGAGUACGACGGUGAUUUCACGGACAUAGCAAAACUCUUUACACUUGGGUUCGAAUGUUUGCGUGUGUUGUCCCCCACAGUGAACAUUGGCAAGGUGAGGACGUUAGGGAGGGAGGUGAUUAAGGACUUUGUAUUGAAGGAUGUCCAACACAUCGAAGCACCCAACGAGUUCACUCGAUUCAUUUCCCUCUCGAGUAUCGACAUCGUCAAUUCCGUGGUUCCAACAGAGGUGUUUCAAGUCCAACAUUUAAAGCGGUUAAUGCUUGCAAUGGUCAAACAAAUCGACUUACAACCGGUGAGCCAACUUGUGUCUUUAGAGUCGCUUGUUUUGAAAGACAUUCCAACGUGUAUCAACAUUGGUAGUGUGACGACAAUACCACAUCUCUUUAAUCUAACGUUGGUUAACAUCAGUGGCGAUCUAAAACCACUCACCUUAUUACAAAAGGGAGCACGGCUCAUAACAUCCAAGAACCUUAUUGAUGAUGCUCUCACGAAUUCCCUUGAGUUAAAAGGAGUUGUAAUGGAGCAGUUUAACGAAAUCGUCGAGGACGACAUCUCUGACGAGGUAAAUUGA